AUGGACCAGUUGUCCCUGGCGACAGAACACUGCGCAAACUCUGGACACACAUUCGCCUUACAGAGUGCCGAAAUCCUGGGCCGUGGAAACGAUCGCGUGACCAGGGAAACAAUUGAGGCCUGGCACACCGGCACGAACUCCAUCAACCGCUGUGUAACGCUUCCCGAAGCCUACCAGACCCUCCGGACGCAGUUCAGAGAACAGAGGAGCAAACGCGGGUUACGAGGAGAAUGGAACUCAAUUACGGCCGGGUCCAUGGGGGACACAAACGCAGCUGCACUUCAACUUGGAUCCGGCGAAGGUGCGAUCGUCACCACAGUCGCGACACCCACUUAUCCGGAAGGUGCGAAAACGGACGAUUGCAGCAACAUAAACGGACCCGCCGAAGGUGCCAGCGUCACUGCCACUUAUUCAGCAGGUGAGAACACAGGCCGUCACGGGAUCGUAAAGAAGAUUGCCAGCCUAGGACGCGAACUAAGGUCCAUGCGAACACGUGCGAUGACGGCUAGCUCUCGAACGCCGGCCCUCGACGAGAUGUAAACCCGUUGAAAGGAGACCAUUACCACCUAUAAAUGCUGUUAGGCGUGGUACAACACUCACCUCCGACGAUGAAAGCUUGUUUGCUUUCGAAACGUCAGGGCAAUCCAAUUAUGGUUCCCGAAAUCAUCUCUUCUUCUUCUCAUUUAUGUCCGGGGACGCGCAUCUUCGCUUCUAUCAGCAAUAUAUAUAUAUAUAUAUAUAUAUACAUAUAUAUAGGCACCAUAUAUGUAUAUAUAUAUGCUUGGAAACUAACUUUUCAUUCGACCAGCAAUGCUACAAGCAACUGAAAGGAGCCCCUAUGGGGUCACCCAUUUCUGGUUUUCUCGCUGAAGUAACAAUGCAGAAACUAGAGGCAACGGCGCUCCCGUUGUGUACUCCUAAAUUGUGGCUGCGAUAUGUGGAUGACACAUUUGUUAUCGUAAAAAAGAACCAACUAGAAGUGCUCCACAAUACUAUCAACUCAACAAUUGCUGGGAUUCAAUUCACACUUGAAAAGGAAGUGGACUGCAAACUCCCAUUUCUGGAUGUUCUCGUGCAGCGUAAGGUCGACGGAACGUUACGCACAUCCGUUUACCGGAAAGAAACUUACGCUGAAGUCAUUCUUCCUUAUAAGAGCAACCAGCCCAUUUCUCACAAACGGAGUGUCGUAAACAGUCUGCUUGGUCGAGCAAAAACACAUUGUUCGGAUGAAGAAGGCUAUCGAGCCGAAGUGAAUUACUUGUGCGAAUUAUUUUCGCAGAAUGGAUACCCUAAGGACUUUGUACGCAGAUGCAUGAGGCAGCGAGAAUCAAGGGAGAAGGAGCCGGGUAGUUCCAAUCAGACGCCUGAAUUAAGCACUUGGCGAACCCUUCCUUACAUUAAGAAUGUGUCUGAACUCGUCGAAAGGCACUUAAGGAAGCACCAAAUUCGAGUGGCGCACAAACCUACGACUACUUUGCGCACUCAGCUGGUACAUCCUAAGGAUAGGGUUAAUCAGCUGGACAAGAAAGAGGUCGUCUACAAGAUACCGUGUAAUGCAUGUACUGCCGUCUAUUGUGGCCAGACUGGAAAAUCCGCCUCAACACGCAUCCAUAAGUACCAGUUGGCGGUAAAGAGGCGAGACCAUCUGUCUCAGGUAGCCAUGCAUACUCUGGACACCGGGCACACUUUUGCUUGGGACAAAGCUCGCAGUGUCGCUGUCUGCCCUUUCAAGAAAGGCCGAGAAUUCCUCGAGGCGAUGCACUCUGAUGACUCAUGCAUCAACCGGCAUAUCGAGUUGGAUGCCGUGCACAGAAACCUGAAGGAGAAAUGGAAGAGAAGGGAACCAACCAGCUCAGACUGACGCACGACGGCCGCCAACUGGCGCACACGCCAUGCAAGUACCGAUUUUUUGUGCACUCUUGACGUUAGCUGUUUCUUGCUUUCACAUUUGCUUUCCGCUUGCGUCUGACGACGACCUGGGGAACCAGCGUCGAAAAUUUACGCAAUAAACCCUCUUGUCCCAAAGAACCUACCUCUUUUCAACAUAUAUAUAUAUAUGGAUGUAAGCGAAAAUGCUGACUCCGGGUGUUAAAAUUGAAGAAGAUGGUAAGGCGAGCUCUGGGGAUGAUGAUUUAUUCAUCUGACGUUUCACACUCAUGUUCGAGCGCAUCAUCGGAGAUAGGAAAUAUGAGAAUUACAUGGUUUAAAUAGGUCCCUCUCGCUCGCGCCUGAUAGGGCCACCAAAUCCAAUUCACAAUGGAGGAAGAAAAUGACUGAACGCUCUUUUUCCUCGACGUGCGCGUAACGAGGCAGGAAGAUGAAACCCUUCGGACUGGUGUUCUCCGAAAACACAGAGAAAAUACUCCACUACAACAGCAACCAUCCCCUGUCGCAUAGGAGCAGUUGCGUCCGGACACUUUUCCGCCGCAUCAACACACACUGCAGCAGAGGCCGAGAAGCUACAAGAGCUGGCGUCCCUGUGGCACUUCUUCCUUGUCAAUGGAUAUCCACGUAGCUUCGUAAACAAAUGUCUGUUCCAAAGACACACAAAGACUGACGGUGAGGCGAACCAAAAACCUGAGGUACUCCGUGUUUUGCCCUACAUGACGAACGUCUCUGAGGCCACUGAGCGUAUGCUAAGACCACUUAACGUGGGCGUUGGACACCGACCGGAAGCCACCAUUCGCCGAUUAGUCAUGCAGCCAAAGGGUAGGCUGCUCCCUGAGGACAUGUCAGGUGUCAUUUACCGCGUCAACUGCCUAGACUGUCAGGCCAACUAUUGUGGCAUGAUAAACAAACGACUUAAAACGCGCAUGCAUGAGCACACCUUAGCCGUCAAGCGGAAAGAUGCACGCUCACACGUCGCCAUGCGCAGUCUGGAAAAUGACCAUCGGUUUGACUUUGACGGCGCCCAAGUGCUCGGCCGAGCGGAAAACAGACUGGCGCGAGAAAUAAUCGAGGCCUGGCAAACAGACGCCAACUCCAUCAACCGCAGCGUCGACCUAGCGGCACCAUACGAGGCAACCAAACACCACAUACGCACCAGGGGAGGCCCAAUGACAAUAUAA